AUGGAUUAUCUACCAUUCAUAGAUAAAUCGACAGAUGAGAGCCUUUUCACUUACAUGAAAGAAGUUGAAAGACAGAUAGAUCAGGAGCUGGUUCGUAAUAAAAAGAAAAAUAAUACGAAACAAGAUGGCCUUCAUCCUACAACUCUUGAGUUGAUUAGAUCUUGGAAUAUACCGAAGGAAACUCGUUUUGAUAAUUUGUCAUUCAAAGAGUAUCUCAAAGAUUCAAAGAAAGAUUCAGUGGGUAGAGAUAAAGAAGAGAGAAUUCUAAAGAAAUAUAGAGCCAGGAAUCCCGGCAUAGAUCCAUCCAGAUAUAGCAUUAGUAAGCCAAAGGACCCUGAAAUCUUAGCAAUAUCCUCAUCAUACCUUAGACAUCAACAUAUUAUUUUGAAAAGUUGCUUGCCGAAGACGAUAGUAAAUCAAUGGGCGAUUAAUAACGAUUUUGUUGCCAAUAAUAACGAACGCCUACAACAAGUUCUGAAUACACAGGAAAAGCAAAUCGAUGACUUGACAAAGUACAGGAAAUCUGUUCAAGAACAGAGUGAACGAACAUUCAAGAAAAUAAAUAAACAGUGGAAAGACAAUCUGGUAAAGAAUCUUCUUACUGGAGAUGAGUAA